AUGCCCAAGGGUCCCAAUUCAACAAAUGGACGCGUCUCCAAGACGUCUGCCCCUACUCGGUCAUUGAAUGAGCCAAAUAUCGCCGCGUUAGAACGAGAGAUCACUGCACCUACUGAUCAAGUGCAACUGAACAGCGUUCCGGCUCGUCCAGCUCGUGUAGCUCCCAAUUCACUUGAUGACGUACAAGAGAACAUCUUGAUUCAGUGGAUUCGGCAGGUGAAGGAGCUAUUCGCUCUUCCUAUGGGACCCCUCAUCACCACAAGCGCAAACCAAAUUCUUAACGGAGAUGGGAACGACACCACUGUCAGCAAGGCAUGGGUUGAUCGCUUCAUCAAGCGCCUGCCAGAUGACCUAAAGCCACCUAAAGCACGAUCAGUCAAGAAAAAACGUCUCGAUGCAUCAGAUCAGGAGACCUUGGAACAUUGGUAUGGACGUCUGAAAGCUGUCAUUGCCGGGGUUUCCCCAGAAAAUAUCUACAAUUUCGACGACACUAUCUUCCAAAUUGGCGAGGGAGUGAAACCCCAAAUGGUCGUUACCAGUAUGGGAUUGGGAUUCGCCUCUCAUCAAACUAGAACCUACUGUGAAUGGAUAACCACCAUCGAGUGUAUUGCCGCCGAUGGAUGGGCAGCCGAUCCAUUUAUCCUUAUUCAAGGCGACCACUAUUACGACGAGUGGUUGGAAUACGGAGGAGCUCCCGAUAAAGCUGUAUUCAUGGUGAACCCGAGCGGCCGGGUUAACGAGCAGGUUGCGUGCGAGUGGAUCGAGUGUUUCCAUCGCCAGACCAAAGAUCGCACUGCGGACGGUCAAUCUCGUCUCCUACUCUUCAGGGGCCAACCUCAAUAUUUGAGUUACAAGUUCCUCCAGUUUUGCGAGCAACACAAGAUCAUUCCCUUCAGCUUUCCGCCCAAUAUAGGACAUCUCAUGCAGCCUUUUGACGGCAAACCUUUUAAAAAUUACAAGCAGUAUUGGAGAAGUCAAGGCCUUAUUGCUUACAUGAUUGACGAUCCCGAUGAUGAGAAAACAGCCUUCAUCAAUGGCCUCCCUAAGAUCCGUGAGGAAUCAUUCAAACCUCAAGUUAUCACGGACGCAUUUGCCGACAGAGGCAUUGUGCCAUUUGACCCGUCCAAAUAG